AUGGCCGAGAAAGCGAAGCAGCAACAACCGCGCUUCGCGUUCUCGUUUCCCGUAACCUUCGUCCUUUUCGCCAUCGCUUACAUUUACUUCUCCACCGUCUUCGUCUUCAUUGAUCGAUGGCUUGGUCUCUUCUCCUCCCCUGGAAUCGCCAACGCCGCCGUUUUCACUGCCAUCGCUGUUAUGUCGCUGUUUUCUUAUCGGGCGGCUAUAUCCACGGAUCCGGGUCGGGUUCCGGCUACGUACACGCCGGAUAUCGAAGAUAACACAACCCCGCUACAUGAGAUCAAACGCAAGGGUGGAGAUUUGCGAUUUUGUCAAAAGUGUUCUCACUAUAAGCCUCCCCGUGCACAUCAUUGCCGGGUUUGUAAAAGAUGUGUUCUACGAAUGGAUCACCAUUGCAUUUGGAUAAAUAAUUGCGUCGGUCACGCAAACUACAAGAUCUUCUUCAUUUUUGUCACGUAUGCUGCAAUUGCCUGCAUUUACUCCAUGAUCUUACUUGUUGGUAGUCUAGCUUAUGAUGGUUUACCAGAUGACGAGAACAAUGGCGGCUCUUAUAGAACUGUAUAUGUUGUUUCUGUGAUCUUACUGGCCCCCUUAUCUAUAUCAUUAUGCGUUCUUUUAGGAUGGCAUAUCUAUCUCAUCCUACAUAACAAAACUACCAUAGAGUUGUGUUGGCAGUAUUAUGAAGGAGUGAGAGCUUUGUGGCUUCAAGAGAAGGGUGGGAGUAUCUAUAAACAUCCAUAUGACCUUGGCCCAUAUGAGAAUUUGACAUCUGUUUUGGGACCAAAUAUUCUCAGCUGGCUGUGGCCAACGGCGAACCAUAUAGGUUCUGGACUUAGGUUCCGCACAGUCUACGAUCUCACAAAAGGUGCAUCAACAUCCAAAUGA